CACAAUUUUAAAAAAGAAGUUCGAUAAUGUUGAUCUUAGCAGCAGUGAAGGAAGAAGCCAUUGCUGCGCGUAUGUAUGUGAAUCAUUCAUUGACUUGCUAGCCUUUAGAAGCAAAUAAUUGACAUUUCUUCAACAAGCUUGUGUGCCAUCACAAAACUUCCAUCAUUCGUAUCAAGACUGCUGCUACUCACAAUUAAGUGGAAAAUAUAUAUUUAUAUAAAUAUAAAAUUCUGAAAGGAUUUGAAUAUCAGAAAGGAACCUAAACUCAGCAAGUUUGGAAACUGAACCGGAAAAAUGUCAAAAGGUUAUGAUACAUCAAAAGCAUAUGAUGCAACAAAACAAUAUGUCACUAAAUCACAAGACUGGUCAGUAGGUUCCGGUAUGGUGUUGCAGCCAGCACAGGGGGUAGCAGUCACUCUUCCAGGAAUCAUGUAUGGUAGCGGUUCUCAACAAGGUAUCAGUGUAAAUACUGGUUACCCUUAUGGUCAGCAAAGCAUGUUUGUUAAUCAGACACCAGGUAUGAUGUCUGUUGGACUUCAGAAUUCUACCUAUCCAAACCUCAUGCAGAUGAGUUCUGCACCGUUGCCCCAGUAUCAGAUGUAUGGAGCUGCUGCAGUACAACAGAUGCAAGCAAUGAAUAUGUCAGGAGCAAACUAUAGCCAAUUGCCCUACUCACAGCAACACAAAUACUUAGACAAAGACCUAAAGUAUUCAGAUGUCUAUAUGAUGUCAGCAGCAAAUGCUUCUAACAUGCCAAUGGUUGGAAACCCAAUGACAUGCAUGCAAGUGAAGAACAACCCCAGUGCUCCAAUGUACACCUACAACAGCCAGGGUAUGCCUGUUGCUUAUUCAUCAGCCAGUAAGAGUAGCAACUUGUCAGGUACUCGUAAGUAAAGGCAUAUUGAGAUGGAGAUAAACUCUGCCUAUAAUUCAGUCUCAUUGGAAAAUUUACAAAUCCAAUUCAUAUUUCUUUAACGUCUGUAAUGGGUUUUCCGUGACUUAAUUUUUUAUACUAAAGUGUUGAUUAAUUUCA